AUGGAGUGCGCUUCAGCAGCGUUGAACUCUCCCGAAAUAUGUUGGCCAACUUCUGAAUCUAUUACUGUGCAAAAUGCGUUGGAAAAUAUUGGCAGUCUAAUGGAAAAAUGGAAAUCUGUACCUGGAUUAGAGGAGUGGUUGUACAAUGUAGAAUUCAUCGCGUUAAAGGCUAACGAAUCAUCCGAUUUUUUUUUGUACGAAGUUAAAUGGAGUGUCCCAACUCCAGAAUACCCUAUCCCCCAGGUAACAGCGAGCGUAUUUUUUACAAUCGAAGCUCCUCGGGUUAAAGAAGAGUCUCGUCCAGUCGAGGUUACCUACGUUUUUGAGGGCACGCAAUUCGUACAUCGACCCGAAAUUCCAUUCCAACAGAAAUGGCUCUACGACAUUCUUGACGUGAAAACGAUGUUGUUCAAAUCUCUUCGUUUCUAGCCACCCACCUACUCCAUUCUCGGCUUAUAAAAUAUUGUAGAAAAGUGUGCAGAAAAUAAAUGUUCUGAAUUAGUUUGAAAAACCAAAAAGGAUAUGCGUAUUUCUGAAUUUCACGCACCCGCAUAGCGAAUCAGUGAAAACAAAAAGGUGCCCCGUACCUCGCCACCUGUCCCUAGAACGAUUGUAUUACCCCGUAUAUGCAUGGUCAGUUAUAGAAACCUGAGUACGGGGCAUGUGCCACGUUGUUAGCUGCUGCUGCUGCUGCUGCUGCUGCUGCAGUGCAAAGAGCGGCCUUCUGCAACGUUUGUUUGGGGGUUCUUUAAGCUGCCGCGGUUGUAAAACCGAGUCUCAGAUUUCGUCGCCUCCGCGGCACGCGCCCGGACGACUACUUCCCUUUCUCCUUUUUGCUCUCUUCACUCUUUACUUUACACUGCAGUGUGUGCAGUGCAGCCUGUCUGGACCAUGCACGCCUUCUAUUCGGAUGUGGAGGCGGGGUAAAAAACAAUGGGACAGGUGACACUAUUCGCAGCGAAUCGUUAUAUCCGUCACACAUGUGAAAUUAUACACAUGCGGCGACAUCGCGUUGAUUUCCGACGAUUCCAAUGAUCGUUAAUAUUAUUCAAUAGCUCUUCGAUCGUCUGUGACAAACGACGACAUAGUCAGCCUUUGGCCGACGAGCACCGAUUUGUAAAAUUCUCCCGCUGAGUAGUCGGAGCUGGUUCGCAGACCUCCCGCGUGUAUUUCGACCACCGGAUGCACUUUCUCUAUUUUCAUGUCAACGCAUCAUUCGAAUACGUUAAAGUCCGACACCGUACCAUAUUCGGGGCCCCGAAGGAGGAGGCCCAGAGAAAAGAUAUUAUAAAAAAAUAGUGAAAAAAAAAACGAAGAAAACUGGGCCUACAGGACCAACGCGCGGAUAACACCUCCUCUGGGCAGCAGCGCAACCCACGUCGUAAAUAGCGUCGCGACGCCCUGGGAGAGUUUGUUGUUCCACGCACAUGAGAUUUUCAAGCAAUCGUACGAUGGCGUGUCAAGUGGGUAAUUAGACGAUCGUGCGGAAAAUCAUUCCAAUCAUUGGGACUGUUCACAAACUUCAACAUCAACGAUACGUGACUUAUGUAUUUCUUUUUCCUUCUCAUUUCCGUCUCGUUUUUUUUUUUUUGUUUUUUUUUUUCGCUCUAUUCCAGUCGCUUCGGCGUUGCCGCAGUGGAUAUCCUGUGACGUUUAGGACUCCAGUCUUACGGACACAUGUUCCGCUUUUUGUGUCGGCAUUUAAUAUUUUCCACAUUACGACCUGACAGGUUGCAGGUCAGAUUCUGGGUCGUCGCUCUCUUGAAAUGUGAGGCAAAAAAAAAAGAGAGAAAAAAAACCGGUAUGGCAAGUGCGACCGAACGAUUCACGCCUAUUUGUCUCUAAUUCCCUAUGGAGAAAAAAAGGACAUUGCGGUUCUGGAAAUGAUUUCGUCAGUUAGAGUCGCGUCGGCCUUAUGAUUUCGACGAUCGGGUAACGGAUAACGAGACAGAUGAUCGAACUUCUUUCUAGGUGUCUGACGCUUUCGGGCUUCGGGAUGCUAGAACACAACCACCGUGGUUGUUUACAUCAACUACUUUUUGCCCCCUCCGGCUCAAACAUUACAUCCGCCGAGCGGCAACUUCCUCCCCGAUGUAGCGGUACGCACCGUGGCUACUGUAUGUCCCCGUGGAAGUUGUCGGGAUCACCAGGAGCUAAGAGAGGAACCCGCUUCAAACAUCCGCUGCACCAGCCGCUGCCAAGAGGUCCGCCCCUAUGAGGUGUACGUACGUACGUACGUACGUGUAUA